AUGGCAACCACCAAUCACAAUCACAUAAAUUAUCAGACUCGGAUAGAUUUUGUCCAAAAUCUUAUCAAAGAGCAAUUUGGCAUCGAUAAAAAACCCAAAAUCACACCUCUUCAAUACGACCCAGAUUCCCCCUACAAAUACAACAACUUCGUCUACCACGUCACCCUACCCUCACCCAUCACAACAACCCAAACCACCAAAAAGCCAGGCUUCGUCCCAAUUCCCGCCAACACUAAAGACCUCAUCUUCCGCCUCACGAACUCAGCCGCAGAUGGCAUGCACAUGGCCACCCGGGUCGAGAAUGAAGUCGCCAUCAUCUCCCUCGCAUCAGCUGCUCUCGCGGGUAUCACCCCGCAUGUCGUCCCCUCGGUCUACGCCUGGUCAGGCGCAGCAGGUGAAGGAUCUCAAGGCUGGAUGAUCCAAGAAUUCAUGUCAGGCGUCCCACUAAACGAGUCCUAUGAGGCCAUGAGUCUGGAUGAGAAACGUGGGGUUUUCGCGCAGAUAGCGAGGAUUUUGAAGGGGUUGCAGGACUAUAAAUUACCUGAGAGCAUUACUGAUUUCGGGGGCGUGACUUUUGAUGAUGAUGGCCGUGUCAUUAGCGCAGCUAUGACGACUGUCGGUGCUGGGCCGUGGGAGUCUUAUGAAGCUUCUUUUAAAGGGAGGUUGAAAGUUGCGCUUGAGAAGGCUGAUGGGAAUCCUUAUAUCAAGGGAUGGCGGGCGAAUGGGAUUAGACAGCGCCUUGAUGCGUUUGUUGAGAGUGGUGUUUCUAAGCAGUUUGAGGGUUUAGAAUCGAAGGAAGAGCGAGUAAUUGUGCAUGCAGAUUUCACUACAUUCAAUAUCCUCUUCAACCCCCAAACCACCCGUAUCACCGCCCUCCUCGACUACGACUUCUCCUUCAUCUCCCACCCCUCCUACGAACACCUCCGCUCCUUCAGCGACACAGGCGGUCAAUUCCGCGGCUGGACCAGUUCCGAAACGCUCUCAGACACUGAAGUGCGAAACGCAAAACUCCAUGGUUUCCCCUCCCCUCUUCCACCUGAUGGCGAGCAUCAAUGGGAUGUCCUGAAAGCGUGGGAGGAAGAGCUGGAGAGGUGUGAUGUGAAGAGACCGAGGAAUAUUAAGGGGAUGGAGGGGGUUGCGGAUGUGGAUUCGGUGUUGGAGGGUGUGUUGCCGUUUCGGUUGGAUAAUUCUGAUGUUUUGAAGUUGCAGAGUGAGGAGGUGGUUUUGGGGUGUAGGAGGGAGAGUGAGGUGGUGUUGGAUGGGUUGCUUACGAGGUUGGGAUAUUAA